ACACAUGAUGGUGCUCCUCACUCUCUCUCUAUCUCUCUCUGUCAUCACUUCAGUGCCUCGUCUCUUUCCUUCUCUCUCAAUUCCUUGCUUUUCUCUUUCCUCAUUUUCUCCAUUAUUUUUCUCUCACUUUCCCUCUCCACAAACAAAAUUUUCCCAGAAAAUCAUCCUUGGUACUUUCUUAGCAACACAGAUCUCUGCGUAAUUUUCACGCCCAUCUCAAGACACCCAGUUUCAGCUAAAUAGGAUUCUUCUACUUUCGGAUCUGCAGCUGAAUUUGUGAAGUAAUGUGGCUGCGACAUUGUGGCUUCAGCUCUGCAAUUCGUCAGUGUUGGCCUUUUGGUACUUGGGUUUUCAGUUAGGAACUCGGUUGGAGCUUCAAUGGCGCCUUCUGAGCUCUGCAUUAUGUGAAGAAAGUCGCUGCCCUUGGUCCUAAUGUUUCAAGGAAAACAACAAGGCCUAUACCAGUCUCAGUUCCAUACACCUCGUGGUGAACAAUUCCCCAUGAAAAUCUGCCCUAUUUUUCCACUGCUUUCUUCCCUCUUUGUUAUUGUUAUUCUUCUUCCUCUAACUCUUGCCGAUCUGAAUUUGAAUUCGGAUAAACAAGCCCUUCUCACCUUUGCUGCUGCUGUCCCUCAUGGUCGGAAGCUCAAUUGGAGCGCUGUUACCCCUAUUUGUUCAUCUUGGGUAGGCAUCACUUGCAAUCCAGAUGGCACCCGUGUGCUUGAGCUUCGACUUCCUGGUGUUGGACUUGUGGGCCCCAUCCCGGCCAACAUUCUUGGAAAGUUAGAUGCCUUAAGGGUUCUCAGCCUGCGUUCCAAUCUCCUCAAUGGAAAUCUUCCUUCUGAUAUCCUGUCCAUUCCUUCCCUACAGUUACUCUUUCUCCAACAUAACAACUUCUCCGGCGGCAUUCCAACCUCUUUUUCACCCAAACUCACUGUUCUUGAUCUCUCGUUUAAUACCUUCACUGGCAAUAUUCCACCAUCAAUUCAGAAUUUGACACAGCUCACUGGAUUGAAUCUCCAAAACAACUCCCUUUCUGGACCCAUUCCCAAUGUCACCCUCCCAAAGCUGAAACAUUUGAAUUUAAGCUACAAUCAUCUUAACGGCUCGAUUCCAUCUUCACUCCAAAAAUUCCCCAAUUCUUCGUUUGUUGGAAACUCUUUCUUAUGUGGUCUACCAUUAAAUCCUUGCUCCCCCGUAUUCCCUCCACCUUCUCCUACAUCCUUUCCUCCACCUAAAGUCCCUAAAAGCUCCAAAAAGAAACUCACGAGAGGUGCUAUUAUUGCCAUUGCAGUUGGAGGGUCAGUGAUUCUGGUCCUCGUUGCUCUAAUCAUGUUAUUGUGUUGUUUGAAGAAAAAGGAUAGAGAGGGAAGCAGUGUGUUAAAGGGAAAGGGCCCUAGUGGUGGGAGGAGUGAGAAACCAAAGGAGGAGUUUGGGAGUGGCGUGCAAGAGCCUGAAAAGAACAAGCUAGUUUUCUUCGAAGGCUGUUCAUAUAAUUUUGAUCUUGAGGAUUUAUUGAGGGCUUCGGCUGAGGUGUUGGGUAAGGGAAGUUAUGGGACUGCAUAUAAGGCUGUCUUGGAGGAGUCUACAACAGUGGUGGUAAAACGGUUGAAAGAAGUUGUGGUGGGGAAGAAGGACUUUGAACAGCAGAUGGAAAUUAUAGGGAGAGUUGGGCAGCACCCAAAUGUUGUGCCUCUCCGUGCUUAUUAUUACUCGAAAGAUGAGAAGCUCCUGGUUUAUGAUUAUAUCCAGGGCGGCAGCUUGGCUACACUCUUGCACGGGAACAGGGCUGCUGGAAGAACUUCACUAGAUUGGGAGUCGAGAGUGAAGAUUUCCCUUGGAGCUGCAAGAGGCAUUGCCCAUAUUCAUUCCAUGGGUGGUGCGAAAUUCACUCAUGGCAAUAUCAAGUCCUCAAAUGUCCUCCUCAACCAAGACCUAGACGGUUGCGUCUCCGAUUUAGGCCUAGCCCCGCUAAUGAACUUCCCUCCUACUCCGUCUCGACAUGCUGGGUACCGUGCUCCAGAAGUGAUUGAAACACGAAAGCACACUCAUAAAUCGGAUGUGUACAGCUUUGGUGUCUUGGUUCUUGAGAUGUUGACGGGAAAACAACCGCUUCAAUCACCUGGGCGUGAUGACAUGGUGGAUCUCCCGAGGUGGGUGCAAUCGGUUGUGAGGGAGGAAUGGACUGCUGAGGUUUUUGAUGUUGAGUUGAUGAGGUUUCAAAACAUCGAAGAGGAGAUGGUGCAGAUGCUGCAAAUUGCCAUGGCAUGCGUAGUAAGGGUGCCGGAUAUGCGACCAAGCAUGGAUGAAGUUGUCAGAAUGAUUGAAGAGAUCCGGCAAUCUGACUCGGAGAACCGGCCAUCAUCAGAAGAGAACAAAACCUAGAUUUCAAAUGUGCAGAACCCCCCAUGAUUGCAUUGAAUGUUGUUGUUUUCAUUCUUCUUUUCAUUAACCGAUUCUAAAAAAUUCAUCUGAUUCAGGAUACAAGGUUCAAUGUUUCAGAGAGUGAAUCUAUUCAAUUGUUCGAUUUUUCUUUGGAAUUUAAUGGCAUUGUUGUUACUCUCUUUACAAGUGUUUGUUUUUUCUCAUUUUUAUUUUUAUUUUUUAAGAGUUGUUGAUCUUUAAUGACCAAACAGACACUAGUGAUUUUAUUU